GGGGAGGCGGGCCGAGGGAAGAGGAAAGAGGCCGGGGGAAGCGAGCAGUCCGCGCGCGGGCGAGCGGGAGAAGAAAGGCGGAGGCGGCGGAGGCCGAGGCGCAGGAGCGCCGAGCGCCAGCCCGAGGGACGGGCUCUCUCACACACACACACAGACGCGCGCCGGCUCCGGCCGCCCCGGUGCAGCCCCUGAGCAGGAAAAGGAAAGGAGCCGCCGGCUGCCCUCCCGGCCCCGGAUCCGGGCUUGCUCCCGCAGACUCAGCCUCGCUUCCAUUUAUUUUUACUCAUAAAGAUAUAUUUUUUGUUUCCCUGUCUCCGGCUUCGGGGCGGGCCCCACCCCCUCCGGAGCUGAGGCGGCCUCGGAGCCGAGCUGAGGCGGCCCCGAGCGGAGCGGAGGUGAGAGGUGGCCUCUCCCGAGCGGAGCUGAGGCGGCCCCGGGCGCCGCGACGAUGUCGGCGGGCGGCCGCGAGGAGGAGCGGCGGAAGCUGGCCGACAUCAUCAACCACUGGAACGCCAACCGGCUGGACCUGUUCGAGAUCAGCCAGCCCACCGAGGAUUUGGAGUUCCAUGGAGUGAUGAGAUUUUAUUUUCAAGAUAAAGCUGCUGGAAACUUUGCAACAAAAUGUAUUCGGGUCUCUAGUACUGCCACAACUCAAGAUGUGAUAGAAACCCUUGCAGAGAAAUUCCGACCUGACAUGCGAAUGUUGUCAUCUCCCAAAUAUUCGCUGUAUGAAGUGCAUGUCAGUGGAGAAGAAAGAAGAUUGGAUAUAGAUGAGAAGCCUCUGGUUGUGCAGUUGAAUUGGAACAAAGAUGAUCGGGAGGGCAGAUUUGUCCUUAAAAAUGAAAACGAUGCCAUUCCACCUAAGAAGGCUCAGAGUAAUGGACCUGAGAAGCAGGAAAAGGAAGGUGUUAUCCAGAACUUCAAGAGAACUCUCUCAAAGAAAGAAAAGAAGGAGAAAAAGAAGAGAGAGAAAGAGGCACUGAGACAGGCAUCUGAUAAAGAUGAUAGACCAUUCCAAGGGGAUGACAUUGAGAAUUCUAGACUGGCUGCUGAAGUUUACAAAGACAUGCCAGAAACCAGCUUUACCCGAACGAUUUCUAAUCCAGAGGUGGUUAUGAAACGACGGAGGCAGCAAAAACUGGAAAAGAGAAUGCAGGAAUUUCGGAGCUCAGAUGGGCGGCCUGAUUCAGGUGGAACAUUGAGAAUUUAUGCAGAUAGUUUAAAACCAAAUAUUCCGUACAAGACAAUCCUGUUGUCGACUACAGAUACUGCAGACUUUGCUGUGGUAGAAGCUUUAGAGAAGUAUGGUCUAGAAAAAGAAAAUCCAAAGGAUUACUGCAUCGCCCGGGUUAUGCUUCCUCCUGGAGCCCAACAUUCUGAUGAAAAAGGUGCUAAAGAAAUUAUACUUGAUGAUGAUGAGUGUCCCCUACAAAUUUUCAGGGAAUGGCCAUCUGACAAAGGAAUUUUAGUCUUUCAGUUGAAGAGGAGGCCACCAGACUACAUCCCAAAGAAAACUAAGAAACAAACUGAUGGAAAGCCUUUAAAGGGGAAGGAAAGAGCUGACGAGUCUGGCUAUGGCUCCUCUCUUCCACCUGAGAAACUGCCCUAUUUGGUGGAAUUAAGCCCAGGGAGAAGGAAUCACUUUGCCUACUACAGCUAUCACACUUACGAAGAUGGUUCUGACUCCAGAGAUAAGCCAAAGCUUUAUCGCCUUCAAUUAAGCGUUACUGAAGUUGGAACAGAAAAAUUUGAUGACAAUUCUAUCCAGUUGUUUGGCCCAGGAAUUCAACCUCAUCACUGUGACCUCACAAAUAUGGAUGGAGUUGUUACUGUUACCCCAAGAAGUAUGGAUGCUGAGACUUACGUGGACGGUCAGCGUAUCUCAGAGACAACAAUGCUACAGAGUGGCAUGAAAGUGCAGUUUGGGUCAACGCAUGUGUUUAAAUUUGUGGACCCCAGCCAGGAUCACAUUAUUGCAAAAAGAACUGUGGAUAGAGGCCUUAUGGUGAAAGGUCCCAGACAUAAACCUGGAAUUGUUCAGGAGACAACUUUUGAUUUAGAAGGAGAUGUUCAUAGUGGAACAGCAAUGCCAACAAGCAAGAGCACUACUAGACUGGACAGCGACAGGAUGUUGUCUGCCUCCAGCACAGCAGAACGAGGGAUGGUGAAGCCAAUGAUCAGAGGAGAGCAGCAGCAAGAUUAUCGCAGACAAGAAAGCAGAACUCAGGAUGCUCCUGGGCCUGAGCUGAUAUUGCCUGCCAGCAUUGAAUUCAGGGAAAGUUCUGAAGAUUCAUUUUUAUCUGCCAUUAUAAAUUAUACUAAUAGCUCUACAGUUCAUUUUAAGUUGUCACCUACAUAUGUAUUAUAUAUGGCUUGUCGGUAUGUAUUGUCAAGCCAGUACAGACCUGAUAUCAGCCCUACAGAGCGUACUCACAAAGUCAUUGCAACAGUCAACAAGAUGGUGAGCAUGAUGGAAGGAGUUAUUCAGGAAGUAGACCAGGUUGAUCAGAAACAGAAGAAUAUUGCAGGGGCACUUGCCUUCUGGAUGGCAAAUGCAUCUGAACUUCUCAACUUCAUAAAGCAGGACCGAGACCUUAGUCGGAUUACUUUGGAUGCCCAAGAUGUUUUAGCACACUUGGUUCAAAUGGCAUUUAAAUACUUGGUUCAUUGUCUUCAAUCAGAACUUAAUAAUUACAUGCCAGCCUUUCUUGAUGACCCUGAAGAAAACAGUCUGCAAAGACCGAAAAUAGACGAUGUUUUGCACACUCUCACGGGAGCCAUGUCACUGCUGCGGCGCUGUAGAGUCAAUGCUGCCCUGACCAUCCAGCUUUUCUCUCAGCUCUUUCACUUUAUCAACAUGUGGCUCUUCAACAGAUUGGUGACUGACCCAGAUUCAGGAUUGUGUUCUCAUUACUGGGGAGCUAUUAUUCGCCAACAGUUAGGACAUAUUGAAGCAUGGGCAGAGAAACAGGGACUAGAGCUCGCAGCUGAUUGUCAUCUCAGCAGAAUAGUACAGGCAACCACUUUGCUUACUAUGGAUAAAUAUGCACCUGAUGACAUUCCAAAUAUAAACAGUACCUGCUUUAAGUUAAAUUCACUACAACUUCAAGCCUUAUUACAGAAUUAUCACUGUGCACCUGAUGAACCUUUUAUCCCAACAGAUCUUAUAGAAAAUGUGGUAGCUGUUGCUGAAAAUACAGCUGAUGAAUUAGCACGUAGCGAUGGAAGGGAAGUACAAUUAGAAGAGGAUCCUGAUCUGCAGCUCCCUUUUCUUUUGCCAGAAGAUGGCUAUUCUUGUGAUGUUGUCAGAAAUAUUCCAAAUGGUUUACAAGAAUUUUUAGACCCUCUGUGCCAGAGAGGAUUUUGCAGGUUAAUCCCUCACCCACGUUCACCGGGUACUUGGACAAUAUACUUUGAAGGUGCAGAUUAUGAAAGUCACCUUAUGCGUGAAAACACAGAACUGACUCAACCUCUGAGGAAAGAACCUGAAAUAAUCACUGUGACCCUAAAAAAGCAAAAUGGAAUGGGCCUUAGCAUUGUUGCAGCAAAGGGUGCGGGUCAAGAUAAACUUGGAAUCUAUGUCAAGUCUGUCGUAAAAGGAGGUGCUGCAGAUGUGGAUGGACGACUAGCUGCAGGUGAUCAGCUCCUCAGUGUGGAUGGACGAAGUCUGGUAGGACUGUCUCAGGAAAGGGCAGCAGAGCUCAUGACAAGAACAAGUUCUGUGGUGACACUAGAAGUAGCCAAACAAGGAGCAAUUUAUCACGGUCUUGCUACACUGCUCAACCAACCAUCUCCAAUGAUGCAAAGACUUUCAGAUCGUCGUGGCUCAGGGAAACCCCGACCAAAGAGUGAAGGGUUUGAGCUCUAUAACAACUCAGCUCAGAACGGCUCGCCUGAGAGUCCCCAGCUGCCUUGGGCAGAAUACAGCGAGCCAAGGAAACUGCCUGGUGAUGACAGACUGAUGAGAAACAGAGCCGAUCACCGCUCUAGUCCCAACGUAGCAAAUCAGCCUCCUAGUCCAGGAGGAAAAAGUGCUUAUGCCACUGGAACAACAGCUAAGAUAACAUCUGUUUCUACUGGAAAUCUCUGCACUGAGGAGCAGACCCCUCCACCUCGACCUGAAGCUUAUCCCAUCCCAACUCAGACAUACACCAGAGAGUAUUUUACUUUCCCGGCCUCCAAAUCCCAGGAUCGGAUGGCUCCUCCUCAGAAUCAGUGGCCAAAUUAUGAAGAAAAGCCACACAUUCACACAGACAGUAAUCAUUCUGGUAUUGCAACUCAGCGUAUUACCCGUUCCCAAGAAGAACUUCGAGACGAUAGAGCUUACCAACUAGAACGACAUCGAAUAGAGGGAGUUAUGGAUCGAAAGUCUGACAGUGACAUGUGGAUAAAUCAGAGUUCCUCGGUGGAAUCCAGUACAUCUAGCCAAGAGCAUCUGAACCAUUCCUCUAAGUCAGUCACUCCUGCUUCCACCUUAACCAAAAGUGGUCCUGGUCGUUGGAAAACACCAGCAGCUGUACAGCCGAUGCCAGUGGCUGUUUCCCAGCCCCUUCUAACAGACCUGCCUCCACCACCCCCUCCUCCUCCUGUGCACUAUGCCAGUGAUUUUGAUGGGAUUCCAAUGGAUUUGCCACUGCCACCCCCUCCAGUCAACCAGAUAGGAACUCAGUCUGCUCCAGUGGCUGCUACAGAACGGAAGAAGAGAGAAGAACAUCAAAGGUGGUAUGAAAAAGAAAAGGCCCGUUUAGAAGAGGAGCGAGAGAGAAAGCGAAGGGAACAGGAAAGAAAGUUGGGACAAAUGCGUACUCAGUCGUUAAACCCUACUCAGUUUUCUCCUGUGACAGUACAAGUGAAGCCAGAAAAGCCUUCGACACUACAGAGGCCACAAGAAACAGUCAUUCGGGAACUGCAGCCACAACAGCAACCCCGGACAAUUGAGCGAAGAGAUUUACAGUACAUCACAAUCAGCAAAGAAGAGCUCUCCUCAAGUGAUAGUCUGUCUCCAGAUCCAUGGAAACGAGAUGCCAAGGAAAAGCUGGAAAAGCAGCAACAGAUGCAUAUUGUAGACAUGCUAAGUAAAGAGAUUCAAGACCUUCAGAACAAACAGGAUCGAACUGCAGAAGAGAAUGACCGCCUUCGUAAGCUCAUGCUGGAGUGGCAGUUCCAGAAGAGACUCCAGGAGUCCAAACAGAAAGAUGAGGAUGACGAGGAAGAGGAAGAUGAUGAUGUGGAUACCAUGCUAAUAAUGCAGCGCUUAGAGGCUGAAAGAAGAGCAAGGUUACAGGAUGAGGAGCGGAGGCGGCAGCAGCAGUUAGAAGAGAUGCGCAAACGCGAGGCCGAGGACCGCGCCCGGCAGGAGGAGGAGCGCCGUCGCCAGGAGGAGGAGCGAGGAAAACGAGACGCUGAAGAAAAGAGGCGACAGGAAGAAGGGUAUUACAACCGUUUGGAAGCUGAAAGGCGCAGACAGCAUGACGAGGCAGAACGGAGGUUGCUGGAACCUGACGAGCCUGGUCUGUACAGACCUCCGCCUCCACGGGAUUAUGAGCUCCCAUCCCCGUCCCCUUCAGCUAAUGCUCCUCCUCCCCCACCUCAACGAAACACCUCUUACCUCAAAACACAGGUCCUCUCCCCUGACACGCUAUACACUGCCAAGUUUGUUGCAUACAAUGAUGAGGAGGAGGAGGAGGACUCCAGUCCAGCAGGUCAGGAUAAGUACUCCAGCACAAGCAAGCCUUACGGCCGCCUUCCUCCUGCCACCCUUAAGCCGCAGCAGCCCUCAUGCCAGCCGCGCCCAGUCUCCGAUGGCAUCUCUCUUUCCAACUCAUUCCGGCCACCCUCAGUCAAUGCCAACAGUACUGCUCACAAAACAGGCCAGCCCCCUCCCCCUCCAAAAAAACCGGGUUUCUACCACCCCAGCAACUCAAAAGGAACAAACUCUUAUACAGGAUCUACUGGAACAAUUGUUGGAGUCCAUGAUGUUUAUCGGGAUCCAAGAGAAAAACGAUCUAAAAGCCAAGACGCAGAUUUACCUGGAAUGUCUGGAGCCCCUGAAAAUUUGACAUUCAAAGAACGCCAGCGUCUUUUUUCACAAGGUCAAGAUGUGUCCAAUAAAGUAAAAGCGUCUCGUAAAUUAACAGAACUGGAAAACGAACUGAACACAAAAUGAAUGAAAAAGGAAAAAGCACCUUGUAUUUUCCCAAAAGUCCUCUUAAUUGUGGAUUUGUAGGAAUCAGCUUGAAAGAGGAAAGGGGAAGGUUAUAUUUUAAAUGAUUUAUAAUUUGUUUCUAAAAUGGUUGAGAUUUAGAGGUGUUAAAAAAUUCUAAGAAAAUUUAUUUUACUUUACCAAGAGAUUGUCAUUUAUACAAUUUAAACACUGUCUAAUUUUUUAUUGAUCUGACUGCUAAUGAAGGUAACUUUUUUUGUUGGUUUCUUUUUUGGAAUCUGAGUUCAAAAGGGGACAGAAUAAAGGGCAGCAGAAGAUAAGGAGAUGUUUUUUCUCCCCUGUUUUCCCUCUAUAAUUGACUAAGGAGCACAGAUAUGUUCUAUUUCCCUUCUUUUUCACAACUUUAUUUUCGCUAUCAGAGAAUAGCUUGAACUCCCCAGACUUGUGUGCACUAUUUAGUGGCAACUGUAAAUUACCUUAUAGGAGAGUCACGUUUUGUCUCCCAGGAGAGAGAACAUAUGAAGACAUGCUGCUUGUACCGUAUCUAAUAGUGUCUAUUUACGUGUUUAGGACAUUUUAACAUAGGAUAUCCUUUCUAGUCUUAUUCCUCUGCAGUAAUGAAGCAGUUUAAACUUCUUUCCUUAAGAAAGAUGGAUGCACAUCUGAGACUUUGGCUCAUCUCAUUCCUUACAGGUGCAUGCCCUGAUCAAUUCUAAAUAUUUGAUUUUAAAAAUAAAUUCUCAAAGAAGAAAAUUACAAGGAUUUAAGCUUGGGGGAUUUUAUGUUUAUAAAUACCAGAUUAUUGUUAGACUGAUAAAUCAUUGAUGAUUUUGAAUAUGCUGUCAUAUUAUGAAGUUAACUAAAUAUUUCAAAUAUUCCAAGGGAUCUUUAAGAAGGAUAUUGUUAAGUGAACAGUGUUGUCCAUGUGAAUAGCAAAUAUCUGAGAAGAAUGGGAGAUUAAUAGGUGACUCUUGAGCACAACUGUUGCUCAGAAACUUUUAAUUUGAAAAAGUAAUAGAUUUACGUCAGUAUACUUUGCAGGGAAGGGAAGGUGUUCAAUUACAUUUGGCAUCUGUAAUUUAAAUAUUUUAAGAAUAACUCGUACUGCAGUUCAAGCUAUUUUUCACACUAUAAUAGAUUUAUUUAAUUUUGAUUUGUUUAAUUAUUAGUUAGCACUGUCAUUUCUUCAGCUAUAGAUAUAUGGCUGUUGUUGGGGAGAAGGACCUCAGUUUGUCUUAUAGUGUGUGAUGCUAAAAUGGUAAAUUAUGUUGUGAUUCCAAGUAGAUUUUCUAUUUGACAAAGCCCUGAUGUGGGGUUCAGAUGAUUUUUUCUAUACCUUAUUGUUCUCUUACAAAUAUAUGUUAGGAAAACAUGCACACUUUCAAAUAGAAGAGAUAGAGGCUUUCACUGCCUUAGAAAUCACUUUUAAUAAGAGUUGUAUGAUAAAUAAUUAAAAAGGCGAGUAUAAAUAUUUUUUUAUGUAUAUCAGGGUUCUUAUUUGAAAGUGUACAUUUACCAUUUCCCUUGAAUUAAGUAAGAGAAUAAAAUGGUUCUAAGUGUUUAUGAAGGAUGUGCAUACUUACUCUGGAAGCGCUAGGAAAAGCAGGCUUCUCCCAAAUAUCUUGAGAACACUGGUAGCCUUGUGGUGACUAAAUCGACACUUUCUUUAAAGAGAAAAAGAUGCAUAUGAAUUACUGUUAAUAUAUGGAAAAACAACAAAUACACAUAAGUACAUGCAAAUACAUGUAAAUAUCUGCACACAAGGAUAUUUGUAUGUGUGGCUAUAAAACCUGUAAACAAGUGGAUUUGGCCAUCCUUGGAUGAUUAGAUCAAAUGUGAAUAUGUGUAAAAGUGCUUUUCAUAAAUGUGCAUUAUUAUGGAAAAGACAUCAAAACUGCUGUAGUUUUCCAUUUCUACUGUAUUUCAGUUGCAACCUAUUUUUAAUAAACUUUGUAUGUAUUUAAGUGUAUUUGCUAUUAUUUUAAUAAUGCUGCCAAAAUUUAUAUUUGUACUACCAGCCUUCCCCGCCCUGCCUUCCAUCUGUCCAUUCAUUCAUUAAACAUGAAAUUUAUUGAGUAUCAUUUAUGUAUCAGGCAAUGUUCUUAGUUUUUCGGGGAAAUGUUCCUUGCCCCAAUCACAUAGCAAACUGAAGUUUGCAGGUAACUUUUUCACCUUGGUCUUGUAUUGUCAUUCCCCACAGGCCUUCAUGUUUUUUGUUCUGCACCUUAGCAAUCCCAGAUGGUCAUUUAGACUAUUUCUGAGUUACACUACUCUGUCGUUGUCUCUUUGAAAUUCUUAAGCAUACACAGUAGAUUUGUUUGCGUGUAAAAACCCACUGAAGGUAGGUAAUAUAAAGAGGAUUGUUUGAUUAUAAAAAUACGUAAGUAGAGUGAUAAGGAAAAUGAUCAUUUGUGGUCAUCUAAGACUGGGACUUGCCAUAGGAUCAGCCUUUGUGCAGACUGGCACUGAAGGGUGGUUCUGAAUUCUAAACUCCAGGGACAUUAGCAGGGAAGUUGACACACCAGUGUUUCACCCGGAACGUGAUUCAGCUCAGCUCCUCAGAUUUGCUGCUGCUUGGCUUUACUAUUGCCUUUGCCUGUGUAUUGUUUGUUUUCCCAUACCUUCCCUUCAUGGCCUGCUCUCCCCUUACCUUUAGCUUCAGUCCCAUCCCAUUUUUCUUUUUCAAAUUCCUGAUUGAGAAUAUUAGAGGCCAGUCUUGUCUUUUUGAGUCAAACCACGUUGGCCACAGCUAACAUUUCUUGUAUCCUGAUCUGGCCAGAGUCACUAGGGUCUCAAUAAAUAGUUUGAGUUUCUGA